UUUUUCUAGGAAAGUAAAAUUUGGGUCUCACAUUUUAUCUUUCUAAUUAAGCUAGUUUUUUUACCUAUGUUUGGUAAAUUACACUCCCAAUCUGUUUAUUGUUCAAUGCAAGCAACUGAAUAUGCUUCCAGAAACAUUCUUGCUCCUGCCACUCAUGCACUCAAAUUAUUAUAAAUCCUUGCUGUCCUUGGUUAUGGCCUGAAAAUGAAAGUGCUUUUGCUGCACUCAGACCCAAAUUUACUUUCAAAUUGAAAAUUUGGCACAACUUUUUAAAAUAUUUUGCUUUCAAUUUAUGUUUUUGUAAUGAUUAUAAUCUCAUGCUUCUCAGUCUCUUCUCAAGAUUCAAACUUAAAACCUCUAAAUGGAAAUCCAAGUUUUAAUCGUUGAGGUGUUUCAGCUCAGCCUCAGUAAUGUGUUGCUAAGGCUGUUUUAUUGGUGAACUUGCGAGCAUCUUAUUAUUGAUUUAUAAUCAUUUUUCUAUUAAAAUAAGGACAUGGGUUAUUGGCUUUUGUGUGGAAAAGCUAAAGUUUCUAGCUUUUCAUGUGGGUUGAGGAUGGGAUUUAAUUACCAGCAGAAUUUCAGUCUAGUUAAUGUUAAGUUGAAAUGGGUUAAAGAUAAAGCCUUAGAUGCCGUUAUUGCUGGUGAAAGAGAUUUAAGAGCAGCCUGCAAUCUUGUUUCUAUCCUUUCCUCUGCUUCCAACUGCUGUCUUCCCGUUUACCAUCUUACCCGGCAUCGUGGUCAACUCGGUCUGCCCCAUGAUCUUAAGCUAUCCACAUUUAUGAGGAGAUACCCUUCUAUUUUUCAUGAGUCUUAUGUGUUUGAUAGCAGUGGCACUCGUGUUCCUUGCUUUGAGUUGACGGCUGAAGCCUUAAAUCUUUAUCAUGAAGAGGUUGGUGUUAUCCAGGAGAGUGUGAUUGAUUUGCUUGACAGGCUCUGCAAAUUGCUGAUGCUUACCAAGGAUAGGACCCUUCCUUUACAAACUAUUGACCAGCUGAAAUGGGAUUUGGGAUUGCCUUAUGAUUACAGCAAAACCUUCAUUCCAUGUUACCCUGAUUCAUUUUCCUUUGUUCACCUUGCUGAUGAUCGCAUUGGUUUGAAACUUUUAUCGUGGGAUGAUACACUUGCUGUCUCCCAAUUAGAGAAGAAUGCUUUUCUGCAAAAGAAGGAAUAUUUGAAAAAUAACUGUUUAGCCUUUCCUAUAGGAUUUACAAGGGGUUUUGGAUUGAAGAGGAAAUGCAUGGAGUGGCUAAAAGAAUGGCAGAAACUUCCUUAUACUUCACCUUAUGCUGAUGGCUCUCACUUGGAUCCACGUACUGAUGUGUCGGAGAAAAGAAUUGUGGGCGUGUUUCAUGAGCUUCUUCACCUUACCAUACACAAGAAAACUGAACGGCAAAAUGUGAGUAAUCUACGCAAACCAUUGUCACUGCCUCAGAAGUUUACUAAGGUGUUUGAGCGCCAUCCUGGCAUCUUUUAUAUUUCCAAGAUGCUUGAUACACAAACUGUUGUUCUUAGGGAAGCCUAUGAUUGUCAACGACUUAUUCAGAGACAUCCCCUUGUUGAUAUCAGAGAAAGAUUUGCAAGCAUGAUGAGAAAAGGAUUUAUAGAUAGAAGCAGGGGCUUAUACAAGAAAACUGCCAAUGUAGGUCUUGAGGACCCAUCAAAGAUUGUUCUUGGUGAUAAAGCUGGUGGAAGUGGUCUUGAUUCUGAAGUGGAGUCAGAUUGUGAUUUAUUUUCCGAAUAUGAUUCUGAUGACUCAAUUAAUUGCCCUUCCUGAAUUUCUUUUAAAGAAAUGUUAAGAUUGGGGUGUUGAGAAGGUAUAUGCUGCAAACAGGUUGUCAACUUUUCUAUUCAUCUGGUAAAUGAGAUUGUCAAUGAUCACAAUGCACCUGUCAUUAGAGAUCAUUUAUAUUUAAUAGACAUAUAAUUUACACCCUUGUAGCGAGAUUGGGUUCUGCACUCCUGGUAGGGAGUUUUGGGGAUAUUAUCUGAUUCUUUGACUGGAUUGUACAUUCCUUCCUUGGCACACAAAUGCCCAUGAUUUGGCUGGAAUAGCAGCUUUGGAGAAAUUUUUAAUAUUUAGCUGCUCUUAAUGUCUAUACACAUUAGCUUGAACUACAACAGGUCCCUCAGAAACAGGAAUCACUACGUAAUCUGUCCUCAUCCAUCCUGCAUCUGUUGUAGAGUCUUGGUCAGUGAUGGUUCAUAGUAGUACAAAAGCCUAAAGCAACCAUGGUCUUUGGUGCUAAGACAAAUGUGGAGAAAGGAUGCGCCUCUAUUCUCAGGAACAAGGAGUACUAUGUGCAUCUCUCGAAGGAAAAAAAGAAAGAAAAGAUUGUAUUCCAGCAAAUCUGAAAUGUGAUUGUUAAAAAUUUGAAUGGUGUAAUGCUUAUCUGAAGUGGAGCUGUAUAUCCUCUUUAAGUGACUUAAGUUUUCCAUGUUCUUCCUAGUCUGGUAACUGCUUAAGCUUGGAGGCCCUCUGUAACAAAUGUAAUAUACUGCUUUAUUUUUUAAAACAUAUUUUAUUGUACAAAUUGAAAAAAGAAAUUAAAAAAGUAUGUUGUACUACAGUGUAGAGCAAGAUUAGAUAGUUGGCAUGUUUAAUGUAUUACUGUCAAUGUUGAGAGUUAAUUGAGGGCAGUGAUGCCAACUUUAGAAGA